AUUAGUUAUACUUUAGCGCGAGAGGGGACAACACGCAUGCGCACUGCCCCGUGGAAGCUUUUAGGUUAAAGGCACAGAGAACCGACAGUUUUUAAGUACUCAAAACAGUGCUUUUUUUUCUUGAAUUUUGAGUAGUUGUUUUAUGUUGGGGAAAUAUAACAAUGAAUAGCCUUAAGUGCAUGCAAAGGUCUUAUGUGAAUUUUUUGAAGGUGAUGCGGAACAACGUAACUUACAGGACGUUCUUCGGGCUGUCACCUUCUUUGAGACCCCUGGAGAGUAAGGAUGGUUUUGUUGGUUCAGGGAAACAGGUGUUCCUUCACCAGAAGUCAAGUUCGUCGACAGUAGAGACAGAGAGAGUGGAGGAUUCCUUCCUCAAAUGGUUCCUUCUGCUCAUUCCUGUCACGACAUUUGGUCUUGGAACAUGGCAGAUUAAACGGCGGCAGUGGAAAUUGCAGCUGAUUGAAGACAUGAGAUGUCUCACCACGGCGGAGCCUAUUGAUCUCCCAACUGAUCCUACUGAGCUGAACAACCUGGAGUACAGGCGUAUCAAAGUUCAUGGGCGCUAUGACCACACAAAGGAACUAUAUGUGAUGCCGCGGUCCCCCGUGGACCCCGAACGUGAGGCCAGGGAGGCAGGGAGGCUCUCAUCGAGUGGUGAAACAGGAGCCAAUGUCAUCACUCCCUUCUACUGCACAGACCUAGGCAUUACAAUACUCGUGAACAGAGGUUAUGUUCCUAAGAAGAAGAUAAACCCAGAAACAAGACAAAAAGGACAGGUAUCAGAAGAAGUUGACUUGGUGGGGAUUGUGAGGCUAACAGAAACCCGCAAGCCUUUCGUACCACACAACGACAUCCAAGGGAACCGAUGGUACUACCGAGACCUAGAUGCAAUGGCCAAAGUUACUGGCUCAGAACCCAUCUUUGUUGAUGGGGACCUUGCCAGCACAAUUCCUGGAGGACCCAUCGGUGGACAGACGCGCAUUACCCUCAGGAAUGAGCACAUGCAGUAUAUUAUAACAUGGUGAGUUGGUUUCCCAUAGAGCAUCACUGGUAACUUGUUUUCUUCAAGUCUGAUACAUUUCCUUCUUCAGGUAUGGACUCUGUUUGGCUACAUCAUAUAUGUGGUACACCAAAUUCAUCAGACGUGUUCCCCUCUAAGAAUGAAGCACUACA